CAACCAGAACCAGCAAUGUUCCUCCUCUGCUGCAUAAGCCUGCAGGCCCUACUGGUUUCAGGCUCCUCUCUGAGUGAAAAAAUCGUCCAAGUUCCUGACCACGCUUUCAAACACCGUGGCGAAACGCUCGCCAUCAGCUGUACCCACAGAAUUCAGAGCUACGAUCAAAUCCUCUGGUACAGGCAGACGGACGACCGCGAGCUGCAGCUGCUGGGAUACAUGUACGGAACCGCUUCAUUCCCAGACAAGGACCUGAACGUGACAAUAGACGGCGACGCCAACAAAGACAAAACGUGCACCAUAACCAUUACAGGACUGAGCCCAGACAGCAGCGCGGUUUACUUCUGUGCCGCCCGUUUCCACAGUGCUGCAUGUCUCUGCUCCUCAGUGCAUAAACCUCCUCACCCUCCCGUGACCACAGCUUUCGGAGCUUCUCUCGGCGAUCAGGUCCGCCAGACGCCGUUGAACAUUGUGGAAAAUCGAGGAGAAGCAGCCAGAAUCAGCUGCUCCCACAGUAUCCAGAUGUACAAUAUGAUCCUCUGGUACAAGAGACUAGAGGACAAACAGCUGCAGCUGCUGGGGUAUCGAUUUUUUGGAGAAACCCUUCUAGAACCUGGAGUGGCUGUGAAGGUGGAAGGGAGUGCAGACAGAGACCAGACCUGCACUUUGAUGAUUAAGGAGCUGAAUGAGAGCAGCAGUGGGGUUUACUUCUGUGCUGCCAGCUACCACAUUUACUCCCAGGACGUCAUCCAGGAUCCCACCAUCAGUUGGAGGCUGAAGUCCGAAUCGACUGAGAUGAAAUGCAGCCACAAAAAAGACAUUUCUCAUACCCAGAUGUACUGGUACCGACAGCGACCAGGGGAGACCAUGACCCUCGUUGUGUACACGGYGUUCGGUGGGCAGCCAGACUACGGCGAGAACCCGCAGAGCAAAUACUCAGCAGUCAAAGACGCCAUAGAGACCGGAGCUCUGACUGUGAAGGACCUGCAGCCUGAUGACAGCGSCGUGUAUUUCUGUGCUGUCAGCAAACACAGUGAUGUCAAUCAGUCUCCCUCUGAUCUCAUCACACACCCUGGUCAUAAAGUUCAGAUUUUCUGCACCUAUGAUAAAACCGACUACAGGGUGACGCUCUGGUAUCGGCGCCCAGCUGGAGACACGGCCAUGAACCUGCUGGGGUAUCUGAGCUACAAAGACGCCACCAUGGAGGAGACGUAUAAGAAGGACUUCAACAUUUCUGGAGAUCUGAGUGUGAACACGUUGAAAAACGCCUCCCUUAUAAUCAGUGCUGCAGAGGAGAAGCACAGUGCUUUCUACUUCUGUGCAGCAAGUUUUUCUCUGGGGAUUGACAUCCACCAGUUUCCCUCGAAUAUCGUCAGGAACACCAGUGACGAUGUUCAGCUUUUCUGCGCUCACAAGCAGUCGUCGUAUAGAGUGAUACUCUGGUACCAGAAGACUCCUGGAGACCAGGCUCUGAACCUCAUCGGAUACGGAUACGGACAGAUCAGCAAUGACAGCGUGGAGGAAAAGUUCAGGAAACAUUUUAGGUUAGGUGGAGAUUUAGCGGCACCCGAGAAGAACCUCUCUCUUUCCAUCGUCGGUUUCUCUAUUGUAGUUCUUCAGUCUCGACAUCAAAUCUCUUCCCCCGGAGACAAUGUGACAUUUGAGUGCAGGUUGGGAACAGGCUACAGCAUGGGCAGCCAAACCAUGCUCUGGUACCGGCAGAGGAGCCACGGGGCCCAAAUGGAGUUCCUCCUCAAAGAAUACGAAGAAACUCAGCUUCCAUCUGUGUUCGUCAAAGUCGGCGAUCAGAGCGUCACGCUCUGGUGCGACCARGACAAUAAUCAGAAUUACUACAUGUUCUGGUACAGACACCCAGCAGGCAGUGGGAAAAUGGAGCUGGUCGCAUAUUCAGUAGGUAAAGACGCCGCGGCCAUUGAAGCUCCUUUCAGCAAGACCAAAUACACCUUGACCCGUCCAGAAGUGCUCAGAUCGUCCCUGCAGAUCCACUCUCCUGAGGCUGCAGACUCUGCUGUGUACUACUGUGCUUCCAGUCUAGCACAAGAAGCUUAUUUCGGCCAGGGAACAAAGCUGACUGUUCUGGAAAAAGAUAAUAUCACUUCCCCGACUGUGAGAAUUCUCCAACCUUCAAAAAAAGUAUGCAAAGACAAAAACGGGGAGACGAAGAACAAGACGCUGGUCUGUGUGGCCUCUCGUUUCUACCCAGAUCAUGUCAGCGUGUCCUGGAAGCGCAACRACAAGACUACAACUAAUGGGGUGUCCACUGACGCCGCCGCCACCAAAACCAAAACUGGAGAAACAUUUUACAAAAUCACCAGUCGGCUGAUGGUCAAUGAAAGUGAUUGGCUUAUACCGAAGACUAAAUUUGAGUGCAUCGUCAGCUUCUAUGAUGGCAAGACUAUCAUCAAUAAAACUGAUACUUUUACAAUAAAAAGCACAAUGAUCCCAGGCAUGACUCGAGAGAACUACAUAAAGAUCAGCCAGWACGCCAAACUGUCCUACAGCGYCCUGAUCGUGAAGAGCUGCCUCUACGCCGCCUUGGUCUGCUUUCUGGUCUGGAAGCUUCAGGGAAAACGUGGAAAGCAGACCAAGUGAGAGCAGAGCUGAAGCUUUGAAUCUUCCUCCUUGUACAUAAUAAACCUGAUCUGCUGUUAUUCUGCACAGAYGAGAUAAUCUUUGGAUAUUUCAUGUUAUUUUACAGAAUUGAUAAAACUCAAAAUCUCACCAAGUGGUUUUAGUCUAGUAUCUAGUGAAAGUAUCUUGAAGACAAAAGUAACUUUUCAGCAAGAUAUGAGUUUGUUUCAAAUCAAUAAACCUUUAUUGAUGAUAAACUAGUUCCAUUAACAGAUCAAUUUAUAACGAGACAUUUUCUCCAUUAAAAAUAAUCUGCCAGU